AACACAAAGGACCAACUCUCAAGGCAGCCAAUCAAUAUCCAUCCGAACAUUACUAUAACCCCCUCCGAACAUUACUAUAACCCCCCCCUCUCUCUCUCUGCGGACCAAGGAGUGAAAAGGUUGGAACAGAGCCGGGGACAGAACCAGAGGGCUUUUGCUUCUCUUUGCGGUUGCACCCCCUCUUCCCACACAAACCUCCUCAGUCUCUGCUCUCUGCUCGCCCUUCAGCUCUUUUUCGACUCAAUAGUCACCUAGAGUUGUAGACGCUGUGUGUGUGUGAGAGAGCGUGAGAAAUGCAGCAGCACCUGAUGCAGAUGCAGCCCAUGAUGGCAGCUUACUACCCCAGCAACGUCACCACUGAUCACAUUCAACAGUACUUGGACGAGAACAAGUCCUUAAUUUUGAAGAUCGUCGAAAGCCAAAAUUCUGGCAAAUUGAGCGAGUGUGCGGAGAACCAAGCAAGGCUGCAGAGAAACCUCAUGUACCUGGCUGCAAUCGCUGAUUCUCAACCUCAACCACCUACCAUGGCCAGUCAGUACCCUAGUGGUGGGGGGAUGAUGCAGCAGGGAACGCAGUACAUGCAGGGUCAGCAGGCCCAGCAGCAAAUGACACAGCAGCAACUCAUGGCGGCACGAUCCUCCCUCUUGUAUGCUCAACAGCCCUACUCAGCUCUUCAACAGCAACAAGCCUUGCAGAGCCAGCUUGGCAUGAGUUCAGGCGCCCCUCCCCCGGGCCUUCACAUGCUGCAAACUGAACCGGCUUCUGCAUUUCCUGAAUUUGUUCGCGCCGCCAAGCAUGACAUCGGCACUUCCGGCCCUGAAGGCCGAGGCGAAGGCGGUGAAACCCUCUACCUCAAACCUUCCGAUGAUGCCAACUAGCUAGUUUAGCGCGUAUUAGUUGUUAGGAGAAUUAGGCUCUCGCGUUGGAGCAAGGGGAAAUAUUCAGUGGCCCUGCUGGCUUAUAUAUAUAUAUAUAUAUAUAUCUGCGUGGACAUGCUAAUGUGCUGUCGGAUGUUACCAAACAAGCCCUUGCUUCUCAUGUUUCCUUCACUAGUUAAUGCACCUCUUCUGGUUCGUGUCUAUAACUUGCUCAAAUGAGUCCCUUUUCCAAACAUCCCUGGUUGACGGCUUUUCGUUACUGUAAUUUCAUGUUUUUUGUUGUGGCUGUUGGAAGUAAUGUGCCAAUCUACGGCUUGAAAGGAAUAUCGAUAAAUCGGUUCAGAGCCCAAAAACUUUUAACCCUCGA